CAGGCUUCAACCAUGAAGGAGCGGAUAACGUAUAUCGUCAAAAACCCGGAGGAGUUUACUCCUGAGCAGUUGGAGGUGAAAGAUGGAGCUUUCGCGCUUAAGGGAGUCAACGCUGCGAAGGAACACCGUAUCACAUUGGGGCUGAAUGAGCUCCCGCGAGAGCUGACCAAAGCCCUUGAACAAUGGCACGAACUCCACAUACGGUGGGCUUCCGAGCAGCCCUAUACCGCCAUACCUCCCUUUACAUCACGUGUAACACCCGGCCUCCACGUCUUCUUCACGCCCCUCAAGGACCGACCUGAAGGACAGCUAUGCGAACUUCUCCACUCAGCCUUUGGAUCUGACCUAAAAUGCUCCUCUACCACUGAGGCCCCCAUCAAGCUACCCAUCCUCUCAGAACGUUUCUCCAUGUCGUCCUCCUCACAGUACUACUCCUACCUGUCAUCUCUUUCAACUCUGAUCACUUACGUCCAAGAGAAUCUAUGUAGGCCAUCGUCGAGUUCGUGUAACCAGACAGCAUCUUCUUUACUCUUAGCCUCCUACCUGGAUAUCGACUACGACACCAUCUCGCACGCGGUAAUCCUCAACGCCUACUGGGACUCAGCAUCAAACGCCGACGCCUGGACCGAAACCGUCACCCUCCCUUCAAGAGACCAAACCAUCGAAAUCGGCGUCCUAUCUCACGAGCCCAACCCCGACCCCGAAGACAUCGGCUUCGGCGGCUUUCUCACAGUUCUCGGUCAAGACAGCGCACCCAAACCAACGCGUUUCCAAACCCCCAUGCGACACUACCCCCUCCCCAGCAGCCCAAAGCUAACCUACACAACCGCCUUCUCCCAUCCCACUGGCCUCCACCCAACCCUCCACAUCUCCUUUCCCACUCCCCUUACUGCUCCAAACCCCACCUGCAAACUGCACACGCACCUCACCCUCCCAUCCUACCUCUUCAUCGACAAGUACCAAUUCAGCGACGCCCUCUUCCUCUCCUCGCACCAUCUGCGAUCACUGCGCAGCAUCGCAGGCGCCACAGACCUCGAAGCGCCGGACUGGGUUGUUCCGCAAUGGGGCAGUGCCGCGCUCUUCGAACUUGCUGUGCCGAAGACGAGCGAGGAGAUGGCGAAAGCGGAGUGGAAUGCAUCAAUCCCUCUGCAUCUGCGCUAUCUUCCCGCAGCGCAGCGCUCGCAUACGCGCGUUCCAGUUCCCUGGCCUGUGGUUUUCUGGGCGUGUCGCGCCGAGGAGGGGACGAAGAUGGCGGUGAAUCCGUUUGAUCGGCUGCAUCUGGGUUAUGAGGGCCUGUUUGGGCCGAAGACGCGGUUUAUGCAUGUUCCACCUGCUGAGGGCGGAAAUGGUACGGGGAGGUUGGUGGAGUGGAUCGAUGUGCCUGUGCUGGAUAUGCGGAAGGCGGCCUGGGUGGAGACCGGGACGGUAGUCACGGUGAUCGUGGCUUUCUUGGUAUUGUGCUGGGCCUUGUUUGGGCCAAUACGGAGUGGUAACAAGGACAUGGGGAGAGGGAAGAAUGCCAGCAAGGGCAAGAAGAAGCAGUGAAAAUAGUGCUUUGAUGUUGCAGCAUCACUAAAAAGGGGAAAAGGAGAGGCGCAUCAUACUGAGCAAGGUCAUUGGGUUUUGGCGAAGCUGUAUCCAGCUUUGAGUUGUUCAAUGCUCUUAAAUUAGAGCAGAUGGGCUAUGUAGGGUAUCAAUGCCGAUUCUGUAUCUCUACCACC